UUUAUUCGUAUCAUGUUAUAGUCUGUGAUCAUCAUAGUGGUAUUAAUAUAGUGUAAUUUUAACAUAACCAAGUUUAUUUAAAAUUCACAAGAAAGUCACGAUGAUUUCAUUUUUAGCAAUCGCAAUUUUGAGUGUCAGCAGCUCAUUGGCUACUGAUGGACUGUCAGAAGUUUGUGAAUUUGUAUCCCCGACGAAUCAAGAAUUCUGCUACUGGACUGAAGUUCACCAAACUUGGGAUACGACGUAUGCCCUCGCCCAGGAAAUCUGCGAAUUGAAAGGAUCCAGUCUGGCGGUAAUAAGAGAUGAAGCAACAUAUCAGGCAAUCAUGGGAAAUUUGAGAGAGAAAAUCCCCGAUUAUUGGAACACCUUGUACGCAUGGAUUGGUAAUACGUUUAAUCCGGAGACAAGAACUGUACUUCCUUCUAAUUCCUACAUCAAAUGGUACCCAAUAAACGAGCCGAGAACAGAAUCCGAAUCUUACGACAAUUUUUUCUUGCACCUCUACGUACAGCGUGAUCCUGAGAGUGAGAUGCAAGGGAUGGGCAACGUCUAUCCAGAGUUUCUGUGGCCAGCUGUAGUUUGCGAAUAUAAACUGUAAAAGAUAAUUUUGCUGCAUAAGUAUUAUGAGAUAUAGAUAAGUUAUAGAUACUUCAUUUAAAUAAAUUAAUCAAAAUACAAAAAUUAUAAAGGGAGCGUUUGAAAUUUUGAGAACAUUGGAUGUGGCAAAAACGUGACAAAACGUAACAUAGUAUAUUGAACCAAUUGUAGCUAGUAAUUUGACUACUUAAACUCAAAAUUUUAUCAGCAAUUUAUUCUCCUCCCAUAUAGAACAAGAGACAAAUCUGAUGAAAUAUAUUAGCAAAUUAAUUUAAUUCUGCCUAUGUUAAUUAUUAAUUUUGUUGGCCUAUUUCCAUUGUUUAACGAUUGCAUGCUUUUGAUUGUAUAAAUAUACGUACUCUUGAAUGUACAGAUAUAAUGUACAGAUUUUUUGAAUGAAGAAAAAAAUAUAAAUUGGCUAAAAAUGUA